AUGGUGGGGCCUGAUCAAGAUCUCAUCGAGGCAGCCACAGAAUUUGUCUUGUCCCGAGAACAAGCCUAUGCCAACGCCCAAAUCCACGCCCGUUGGAAGAUGCGGGGCGUGGGCCACCUAUACCAUUACUACAAUUUAACACUGACAGCCCUAGGCACCCAAAAUGCUGUUCUCAUCUUCAAUGUCCAUCCUGCCACUUCCCGAUCCUUUCAAGACUGCCAUCUGAUCACUCUCUGGGCCAUUGUCCAAGGGCCUGAGGUCUUUGCUGGAAUGCCACAAGCAAUCAAUAUUACACAUACUGGUACUAGUACCACCAAUGACAAUGACAAGAAGUACAAGUGCUACUGGAAAUUCCAGUUUGCAAAUGGUGGACAACAGCAAGCAGUACUUCCAGGAAACUACACUGUCAAUGUCAAACUCAUGCAGUGGAAUGGCAUGGCCAAAGUGCAGCUCUAUGCAGCCCCACAAUUUAGUGGGCAAGGCAGCGAUUCGCAGUAUGGGCCAGUAUCAUCGCAAUGUCCUCAUACUCACACGGGACAAUUCAUUUCCACAGAGGCAUACCAAAAGGCACCUUUCAACACCACCUUGAUUGGAUUCAAAUUCUAUGAACCCUUGUCGGCGUGUUGCGAAAUGUGCCGAAGAACUCCAUUGUGCCAAUACUGGGCCACUCCACCUCACCAGUUGCCACUGCCCUCUAGAUCUGGGAAUGGGUGUGAGUUGUUCUUCCACCAAGCAGCACAAGAUGUUCCGCAUUCACAAGUUCUGGAGGAAACCAUUCGCAAACAAAACACCCUCAUUGCACAAGAAAAAGCUGCAGCGCCAGCCAGCAACAACAAUCCACAGACUACUACUAAAAGUGUCGUCAAAGCCUGGGGAAGUCCCCAAAGUGACAAUGAUCAAGUGGCCUAUUUUCUGGGAUGUGGAUGGAGUGAGUUAUUUCAUAAUGAGUUCCCAUGCCUUUCAGAAGACCUGGAUGACCAGGUAUGGAUACACCAGCCAAUCGUUGUCAUCGAUCCUACCAGUACCACACAAAAACAAGCACCGUCACCACAACUGCCGCUCUGUGAAGCACAAGAUGAAUAUGUUGCAAUCAAUUCUAAUGAAUUUAGUUUGACAAACCAACGAUAUCGACUGGACAACAACGAUAACCAUACUGCCACAAAUCCAACUUCCAGACAAAUCAUUGGACGAUGGAUUCAAAAACCGCAUCCCACCACGGACGAGUGUCCCAUGCCAUACGAGAUUCUAAAAGGUCCAUACAGUUCUCAAAAUGCCAUUUCAAGACCGGAUCCUAAUCGACCAUAUUGUUGGUACCGGGACGAUUUGUCGCUUUUGAACAAGCACAAACCAUGCAAACAAAUCAACUGCAGACAACACGACCAACAACAACAACAACAACAACAACAACAAACCACCAGCCACAAACAAUAUCAUCAAGAGUGGAUGGCUGUGUGGAACAAUUAUCAUUGUGAUUACAUGGACUUUACCGACCAGCAAUUGUCGCAGUGCUUUCAAACUCUCAAGAUUGCUUCUAUUGACACUAGGGGGGCAUCCAUUUCUGGCUUUAUGAAGAAAUACUUUUUGACACGGCUGGCCAAUGUGACAAUGUAUUCCCCAGCACAAAAUAAUAAUGAUCCCGAAGCCAAGUACGUUUGGGUCAAGACAUUGCACUGGCCACAUCUCUUGUGGCAUCAAAGCAUGGACGCAUGGGAAGCAACGUUGCAAAAAGAAAAGCGAAAAGCCCAUGAAAUCGUGUUUUGGAUCACUCCCUUUUUCAUCAGUAGUGAACGGGAAACCUACUUGCAUCUAGGACGGGCCAUGCAGUUCAUGGAUGUUGCAGAACAAGUCUUGACGCCCAAGGGAUAUCAAAUGAUCAAUCUUUUUGAUCCUUCAGCAGCAUUCACGUACGACACUGCAGGGCAACAGGACGGGCUUCAUAUUAUUGGGCCACCAAUGAAAUUGGCUGUGACCAAGGUGUUCCAUCAUUUGUGCUCCAAGGUUGUCGAGGGGACUCGAAUCUAG